UUUGAUCAAAUCUUUGGACGAAGAUCCAACUCAUUGCUACACUCGCCGUGGUACUCGCUUGUCAUAAACCUAGCAAGUAUUCAGCUCAAAAACUCUCAAAGCCAAAAGAAACAAUGAAAGGACUCCUGCUAUUUAAGGGCCACCCUUAGUCCCCCAAAGAACCACACGCCCUGCCUCCCAGAAAAGCACACCUACCUUCUCUCUCUCUCUUAACUAACCAGGCUGUGUUCCCAACAAUGCACACCGCCCCCUCCCACACUCUUCUUCUUCCCCUUCUCUCUCAUCAGAUUCUCCUCCCCAAAUGAGUGCUGAGUUCUCCCCUGCUGCCGCCGCCGCCAUGGAGCUCGGAGAAGUGAUGGGGUUGCAAGGCUUCACCGUCGCCGUGCGGCCCGUGCCGUCCCCCAGGGAGAGCGACAUGCUCAAGAGAGCAGGCUUCACCCAGGCGGCUGCUGCUGCUUCCUAUCCCUCCCCCUUCCUUGAUGAGCAGAAGAUGCUCAGAUUCUCCAAGGCUGCUCAUGCAUUGCCCUCAGGUUUGAAUUUUGGAAGGCCAAAUGAACAGGCUUUCUUGCUAUCUAGGACCAAGAGGCCUUUUACUCCCUCACAGUGGAUGGAGCUGGAGCACCAGGCUCUCAUAUACAAGUAUCUCAAUGCAAAGGCCCCCAUACCUUCCAGCCUGCUCAUUUCUAUCAGCAAAAACUUCAGAUCGUCUAAUAGAGUGAGUUGGAGACCUCUCUAUCAAGGCUACAUAAAUGCAGACUCUGAUCCAGAACCUGGAAGAUGCCGUCGAACAGAUGGAAAGAAAUGGCGAUGUUCGAAGGAGGCAAUGGCUGAUCACAAGUACUGUGAGCGGCACAUCAACAGAAACCGUCACCGUUCAAGAAAGCCUGUGGAAAACCAACCUAGAAAUACCGCGAAGGAUGCACCUGCUGCUGGCUCAUUGUCAUGUGCUGUGUCACAGGGUAGCUUGAAGAAGGCAAAAGUUAAUGACUUGAAGCCAGGCACUGUAAGCUACUGGACAGAUAGUUUAAACAGGACAAUGUUGAGCAGAGAGAAAGCAAACAAACCAACGGAAGACAACACCGCUCCACUGCUAAAUCCCACGAACCAUCAACCCACAUUGUCCCUGCUCUCUCAACCGAAGCAACAGAAUAAACCGGAUAAGUUCAGUCCCACAGUGGAUAGUGAAUCGAUCUCAUCAGACACAAUAUUGAAAGCCUGGGAAAGCAGCAACCAGCAGAGCAAUAAGAACAUUUCUUCCACACAACUGCAUGAUGCUGAAUGCCUCCAAUCAGUUCUUCAAAAUUUCAGCCUGGCUAAGAAUGAGAAGAUGGAGUCUGAGAAGAACAAAUAUUCUGAUUCCGUACUAGUUUCAUCUACUUUCAGCCCUCAAGAAGGUCAACGCCUAAGCUGCCUAGCAUCUAACAUGACUCCGGUGCAGGAGGAUUGCAUCUCAAGUUCUUGGGAGAUGCCUCAAGGUGGGCCUCUUGGCGAGAUAUUAACAAACUCCAAGAAUUAUGAGGACUCGACCAAGAAGAGGGAAUCAAGAUCAUAUGGUUGGCUACUAAAUCUUGACCAUGCAACGUGAGUCAGUCAAUAGAGCCUAGGCAUUUGCGUAUCUCACCAGUCACAAUGGAAGGGAACAAUGAUGAGAAAAGAAAGAUGGGAUAGCUUUGGUGUUUGACCCAUCAGUGCUUGUUAUCUCCCCCUUUUGUCACGUUUCUUUUGUAGUCUCUAACUAGUUAUCUCCCCUGGUGUUUGAAUUAUCUGUUCUUCUGAAUCUGGCUGUAUCUUAAACAAUUCUAGUUUGCCUCAGAUAAGAUAUUGCUAGCUAGCUAUUUAAUGGUUUAC